AUGUCAAGUGGGUCCCCGUCAGCUUCUUCAGCCAAUACUGCUGCAUAUACUUUACCCGGAGUAAUAAAUUAUUUAACUUCAGAGUUCACCAAUCUAGAACGAUUUAAGAUAAUGACUAAUUUGGAGAAAUCAGAAAUGAAGUAUAAGAUAGUUCAAUUACAAGGUGAAUUGAAUGCAUUGAAGUUUGUCAAUGGAAAACAAAAAGCGAAAAUAGAGAAAUUAGAAGAAGAAGUUCGUUCUUUAAAAUCAGACCAUAACACUAACGAUAAUGACAAUAAUAAUACUAAUGGUACUGAUAAAGUAAUAAAUGACGAUCCUACUAGUAAAGAAACACCAUUGAUUAAUAUUCCUGAUGUUGACUUGCAAUUGAUUAAAAAUUCAAGAGAUCAUUUCACAAAGAAUAUGACUGAAAUCAUUAAAUUAUUUAAAAUACCUAAUGGACAUAAUGAUAUUCAUUUCCUUGAUAUACCUGAAUUGAAUGAUACUGAUAGUGAAUUUGAUGUAUUGUUACAACAUCAUCAUUAUGAACCACCUAAAGAAAAGACGUCUGAAUUGGAUUUAUUAAAGGCUACUGCAAGACUUGGUCGUAAGAAUAAAAGUUCGAUAACGGCAAAAUAUUUUGAAGAAAAUGAUAGUCAUACUCCACCUAUUAAAGCAUCAUCUAAUCCAAAAGCUCCAAAAUCAAAACUUCCUGAUCUUAAUGAAAUCGAAUCUAAUAAUAGUAAUGUUCAAUCUAAUAAUGAUGUAUAUUUUAGAACGUUAGAUCCAAUAUCAUCCACUUCUAAAUCUGAUUCAAUUGAUGAAAGUGAUAGUGAAACUGUCAUAUUCGAUUAUGCGAAUGAAGGUUCACCUCCUAUUACAUCAUCCAUUCAACCACCACAAGAUAUUGUGAGCAAAGCUUUUAUACAUGGCAAUUAUACUAUAACUAUUCUGGAAUCAUCAGCAGGACAAAAUCAUUCAGUAUUGGUGAAAGAUAAGAAUCAAAUCAUUCAAUCAGCCGAGAUUUCUAUAUCAAAUGUAAUAUUUGAAAAGAUUGUUGAUAUUCAUCCCUUAUUUGUUGAUGAGGAUCAUCAAGAUACUUUAAUCAUAAUUGAUAAAGAUGGGAUUAUAAUUUCAUUUGAUUUAAAGCAAAAUGAAGAAAAAAUUAUUCAUAACUUGACGGGUCAAAUAUCAGAUAUAAAUGCAUGUGAAUGGAUUGAAUUUGAUAUUAAGGCUACAACUACAUCAAAGAGUUUUGGGUUAGCAAUGAGUGGAUCGAACGGUCCAAACAAUCAAUAUAUUGUUAAAGUAGCUCGAUUGAUUCAUGAUAUUACUACCAAUACUACAGAAUCAUCGCUUAUUGGUAGUUUCACUAAAAGCUUUCUUGCUACAAAGGGACAUAAAGAUAUAGCAUUAAAAGGGUGGGCAGUGUCUUCUAUAACGCGUAAUGGUAACGGCAAUCAUGCUAAUAAUGCUAACAAUAAUAACGGCAAUAAUAAUGGCAAUAACAAUAUCAAUAAUAAUAACAAGGUGGCACAAUCACCAAAGGCUAAAAAGGCACCACCAACUUGCGAUGAUCCAACAUUGGCAAGAUACCUCUUGGUGUUUCAACUGGAUGACAAUCUAGUUCAUUUCAAUUUCGUUCUGAAAAAGUUCGAUACCGUUGAUUCGGGAUCUAAAUAA